CGGCCUCCCAUGAUGCUUCCUUCAAUUGACGUCGCCUCGACCCGGACCCAAUGCAUCGUGCUAAACAUCCGGGCGAAGUGCGCUGUAGUAGGGGAAGAUGGCGACGUUGAUCCUCCCUACUGAUUGGAUCAAAAAUUGGGAAAAAAGUGGAAAAAAUGAAUUUUUACAGCUAUGUCAGGACCUGGCGGGCAGGACAGACGAUGAAGAUAAAGACCUCCAGACAGCUCUCUAUGAGCUCUCCUUACACGUGGUCCAGGGCCAGCUCAAGGUCGACGUGGCCGCCAGUAUUCUCGGGGAUGUCAUGGAAUUGCGAGACGACAUGGCCUCCAUUUUAGCAGAUGUCUUCAGUGUAUUAGACAUCGAGACGAGCUGUAUGGAGGAGAAACAUAAGCGGGACAACUUCACACAACUAGUCGGGGCUUGUCUGUUCUGUGUGCCUGAUGCCAUCCUGAAGGAGCGUCUGGACCCGGAGACCCUGGAGUCGCUCGGCCUGAUCAAGCAGGCCCAGCAGUUCAACCAAAAGAUCGUCAAAAUCAAGACCAAGCUCUUCUACAAGCAGCAGAAGUUUAAUUUGUUGCGGGAGGAGAAUGAGGGCUACGGGAAGCUGGUCACGGAGCUGGGCCAGGAGCUGUCAGGGAGCGUCACCAGCCGCGUGGUGCUGGAGAACAUCAAGUCCUUAAUAGGUUACUUCAAUCUGGACCCCAACCGAGUGCUGGACAUCAUCCUGCAGGUGUACCAGUGCCGCUCGGACCAGGAUGAGUUCUUCGUCUCGCUCAUCAAGUCCUACAUGUGCGAGCACCAGACCCUCUGCCACAUCCUGGGCUUCAAGUUCAAGUUCCACCAGGAGCCCAAUGGAGAGACGCCGGCCUCCCUCUAUCAUGUCGCCGCUAACCUCCUGCAGCACAACCUCAUCGCCCUGGAGGACCUCUACGCUCACCUGAUGCCGGUGAACUCCACCAUCGAGGAGGAGCACAAGCGUGAGAUCCUGGAGGCGAAGCAGAUCGCCCGCAAGCUCACCAUGGUGGUGCUGCCCUCCGAGAAGAACGACGACAAAGAGAAGGAGAAAGAGAAGGACGAGGAGAAGAACGAAAAGCCCCCCAACAACCAGAAGCUGGGUCUGCUUGAGGCCCUGCUGCGUAUUGGCGACUGGCAGCAUGCGCAGAGCGUGAUGGACCAGAUGCCCCCGUACUACGCCACGUCCCACCGCGCCAUCGCCCUCGCCCUCUGCCAGCUGCUGCACCUCCUCAUAGAGCCCCUCUACCGCAGGGCCGGGGUCCCCAAGGGUGCCAAGGGGCGUAAGAUAAAGCCGCUGACCAACAGCCAGGCACCGCGUCCCGUGGAAACGUUCGGGGGGCUGUGUCAGGACGUCGUCCCCAUGCUGGGCUACCUGGGCCCACACCUCUCCCACGACCCCGUGCUCUUCGCCAAGAUCAUACGCCUCGGCAAGAGCUUCAUGAAGGAGUUCCAGAGCGACAAUCGGUCAGAAUCCAAAGAGGACAUGGAUGCGUUAUUGAGUUGUUUCCUCAGCAUCUCUGACCAGGUGCUGCUGCCCUCUCUGACGCUCAUGGACUGCAACGCCUGCAUGUCUGAGGAGCUCUGGGGGUUCUUCAAGCUCUUCCCCUACCAGCACAGGUACCGGUUGUACGGGCAGUGGAAGAACGAGACGUACGGUAACCACCCACUGCUGGUCAAGGUGAAGGCCCAGACAGUGGACCGCGCCAAAUACAUCAUGAAACGCUUGACGAAGGAGAAUGUGAAGCCGUCGGGGCGGCAGAUUGGGAAGCUGAGCCACAGCAAUCCCACCAUCCUCUUUGAUUACAUCCUGUCGCAGAUCCAGUGGUACGACAACCUCAUCACGCCGGUAGUGGACUCUCUCAAGUACCUCACCUCUCUCAACUACGACGUACUAGCCUACUGCAUCAUCGAGGCGCUGGCCAAUCCGGAGAAGGAGAAGAUGAAGCACGACGACACCACCAUCUCAUCCUGGCUACAGAGUCUGGCCAGCCUCUGUGGAGCGGUGUGCAGGAAGUACCCCAUCGAACUGGCCGGCCUCCUGCAAUAUGUCACCAACCAGCUCAAGGCAGGCAAGAGUUUCGAUCUUCUGAUCCUGAAGGAGGUGGUGCAGAAGAUGGCGGGCAUCGAGAUCACGGACGAGAUGACACAGGAACAGCUGGAGGCCAUGACGGGCGGAGAGCAGCUCAAAGCAGAGGGAGGUUACUUUGGGCAGAUCAGGAACACCAAGAAGUCUUCUCAGCGCCUGAAGGACGCCCUGCUGGAGCACGAGCUGGCCCUGCCCCUCUGUCUGCUCAUGGCCCAGCAGCGCAACGGAGUCGUCUUCUCAGAGGGCGGAGAGAAGCACCUCAAACUCGUCGGCAAACUCUACGACCAGUGCCACGACACGCUGGUGCAGUUUGGCGGUUUCCUGGCGUCCAACCUGAGCACGGAGGACUACAUCAAGCGCGUGCCGUCUGUAGACAUCCUCUGCAACCAGUUCCACACGCCGCACGACGCCGCCUUCUACCUCUCGCGGCCCAUGUACGCCCACCAGAUCCUGUCCAAGUAUGAUGAGUUGAAGAAGGCUGACAAGGCGAGUCGUCAGCAGCAGCAGAAGGUCCACAAGUACGUGCAGGCGUGCGAGCUGGUCAUGGCCCCCGUGCACGAGGCCGUGGUCUCCCUGCACCCUGCCAAGGUGUGGGACGACCUGCGUCCGCAGUUUUACGCCACCUUCUGGUCACUCACCAUGUAUGACCUGGCCGUGCCGCACAACGCCUACGAGCGCGAGUGCAACAAACUCAAGGCCCAGAUGAAGGCCAUCGAGGAGAACACAGAGAUGCCUCCGAAUAAGAAGAAGAAGGAGACUGAGCGCUGCACGGCCCUGCAGGACAAGCUCCUGGAGGAGGAGAAGAAGCAGCUGGAGCACGUCCAGCGCAUCCUGCACCGCCUCAAACUGGAGAAGGACAACUGGCUCCUGGCCAAGUCGACUAAGAACGAGACCAUCACCAAGUUCCUGCAGCUGUGCUUGUUCCCGCGUUGCGUCUUCUCGGCCAUCGAUGCCGUGUACUGCGCCCGCUUCGUGGAGCUCGUGCACCAGCAGAAGGCCCCCAACUUCUGCACCCUGCUCUGCUACGACCGAGUCUUCUCUGACAUCAUCUACACGGUUGCGAGCUGCACUGAGAACGAGUCUCGUCGCUACGGCCGCUUCCUCUGCUGCAUGCUGGAGACCGUCACACGCUGGCACAGCGACCGCGCUAUGUAUGAGAAGGAGUGCGGUAACUACCCGGGCUUCGUCACCAUCUUCCGGGCGAGCGGCUUCGACGGCGGCAACAAGGCGGACCAGCUGGACUACGAGAACUUCAGACACGUGGUGCACAAGUGGCACUACAAGCUCACCAAGGCAUCGGUGCAUUGUCUGGAGACGGGCGAGUACACGCACAUCCGCAACAUCCUGAUUGUGCUGACCAAGAUCCUGCCCUUCUACCCCAAGGUGCUGAACCUGGGCCAGGCGCUGGAGUGUCGCGUGCUGAAGAUCUGCCAGGAGGAGAAGGAGAAGAGGCCUGACCUCUAUGCUUUGGCCAUGGGCUACUCAGGGCAGUUGAAAGGCAGGAAGUCGCACAUGGUGCCAGAGAACGAGUUCCACCACAAGGAGGCCCCGCCCACGCGCAGCGCCACCCCGGCCGGCGGCAUUCAGAACGGGCCCAACAACGGCUCCUCCUCCUCCUCUUCCUCGACCAAGAACCCCCAGGGAGUCUCCGUCGUGAAGACCGAGGAUGGAACCCAGGACGACGCCGACAAGUCAAAGGAGAAGCUUCUGGCGUCCAAGACCAGCAGCAAGAGCUCCAGCGCCGCCUCCAAAGCCAGCAGCAGCAAUGGCAACGGCACUCCCAACAGCACCAAAUCCAGCAAGGAGGACAAGGACAAGGUCUCCAAGGAGAAGAAGGAGAAGAGGGACAAGUCCAGCGGCGGCACCCCCGACAACAAGGCCUCCUCCGGCGGCGGCGGGGGCGGCACCAAGGACAAGACGCAGCAGGCCAAGGACGAGCGCUCCAGCCGGGACGGCAGCACCGGAGACAAGGACGGCGGCGGUCGCGAGAAGACGCCCGGGAAGGCCGACCGGGACAAGCAGCGCAAGGAGGAGAAGCAGCCGAGAGAGGAGAAGGGCGGCAAAGAAGGAGGCGGUAAAGAGGAGCGUAGCAGCAGCGGCGGUGGCGACAAGGAGAGCAAGAGUAAGGAGAGCAGCAAGGAGAAGAGCUCCAGUGGCGGUACAAUGAAAUCAACCACCCCCCGCUCUGAUGGAGCCGACUCUGAGCGGGACCUUAAGAGACGCAAGCUUGACACCCACUCUUCGCCAUCCCACUCUUCCACGGUUAAGGAUAGCCUCAACGACUUCAAGGACUCCGCCUCAAAGCACUAUGGGAACCACAGCACAGGCGGCCUGUCCAAGAGCAAAGAGCGCGAGCUGGAGAAGAAAGAGUCGGAGAAGGGCCGGGACCGCUCCAAAGAGAGGGAGAAGAGGGAGGACAGGAAGGACCGCAAGAGAGACCACUCCAACAACGAGCGGGAGAUGAGCCAGGAGCUGAAGCGCCGCAAAGAUGAAAACGGAACGAGCUCGUCCAAGCACAGCAAGAGUGCCAGCCCGUCCGACUCCCCGCGCUCGGCCGACAAGGACAAGAGCAAGAGCUCCAAGGCCACCAGCAAGGAGAAGAGCGACAUGGCCAAAAACGACAAGACCUCAGGGGGAAAGAAGGAAUCCAGGCAUGACAAAGACAAGUCCGAGAAGAAAGAGAAGCGCGAAAGCACGGGCGCGAAAGAAGACAAAAAACAUCAUAAGUCGUCUGACAAACACAGAUAAUGUGUUGGUUGUGCGUCGGAGAACUGGCGUGGCUCCUCUUUCGGGACUUUUGCCAUUCGACAUGAGGACCGAAGCGAGCCGUUUUCCCUGAAGAGUGACAUCCCUCCCCUCCCCUCCCCUCCCAUCCCACCAUGUGGCAGUGUUACUGCUUUAUCCCCUCAUCGUGAAUUUCUGUGCACAUACCCACAUGCACACUCACAGACCCACAUAUGUGCGCACUCACACCUCCUCACCUUCCUUGGCACACACACACACACACACACA